AGUGGACUUGAGUUUCUGGGGGUGGAGCUCCAGUGUCAGUGCCACACCUCAACCCCGGAAGGUCCCCGGAGGCUCUUGGGAAGCCCUACAAAGACAGAAAAGAAACUGGGUGUGGAAUCAGUUCUUUGUACUGGAGGAAUACACCGGAACUGACCCUCUUUACGUAGGAAAGCUCCACUCAGAUGUGGAUAAGGGCGAUGGGAACGUGAAGUACGUCUUGAUGGGAGAGGGGGCAUCCUCCAUCUUCACCAUUGAUGAAAACACAGGGGACAUUCAUGCCACCAAGCGUUUGGACCGAGAGGAGCAGGGAUACUACACCCUGCGGGCCCAAGCUGUUGACCGAGAGACAAACAUACCAGUGGAGGACGAAUCUGAGUUCAUCGUCAAGGUCCAGGAUAUCAACGACAAUGAGCCCAAAUUCCCAGAUGGACCAUACACAGCUGCAGUGCCUGAGAUGUCACCCCUUGGCAUCAUUCGGACAGCUCUGCCCAACAUGGACCGUGAGAGGCGGGACCAGUAUGUGCUGGUCAUCCAGGCAAAGGAUAUGAUGGGCCAAAUGGGGGGCCUCUCUGGGACCACCUCUGUAACAGUCAUGCUGACAGACGUCAACGACAACCCACCACGCUUCCCACACAAGCCAUAUCAGUGUUCUGUGAAUGAGUCAUUGGUUGUGGCAUCUGAGGUGACCAGACUGAAGGCAGAAGAUGCAGAUCUAGGCCCCAAUGCCGAGAUGGACUACCACAUCGUGGACAGUGAUGGUCCAGGCAUGUUCAGCAUCAUCACGGACGAGGAGACACAGGAGGGAGUUAUUAUUCUGCAGAAGCCCCUAGACUAUGAAACAAAGAACACUUUCUCGCUGAGGGUUGAAGCUACCAAUCGGAACAUUGACCCUCAGUUCCUGACAUUUGGCCCCUUCAGUGACACCGUGGCUGUGAAGGUCAACGUGAAAGAUGUGAACGAACCUCCGGUGUUCACUACGCCGCUCAGUAAGAUGGUAGUGUCUGAGGCUGCCAGGGUGAACACUACCAUUGGCACAGUUUUGGCUCGUGACCCCGAUUCUGCCAACAGUUCAAUUAGGUACUCCAUAGAUCGGAACACAGAUCUGGAGCGCUACUUUAAUGUGGACUCUCUGCUUGGCGUCAUCACCACAGCCAAAGCCCUGGACAGAGAGGUUAACUCAGUCCACAACAUCACCAUCUUUGCCAUAGAGAGCCAGGACCCAUCUCAGGUGGGAAGAGGCACAGCUGUCAUCACAGUGAUGGACAUAAAUGACAAUGCUCCAGUCUUUGCCAUUGAAUAUGAAACACUUGUUUGUGAGAACGCAUCACCUGGACAGGUGAUCCAGACCAUCAGCGCAGUGGAUAAAGACGAGCCCCCUGGCGGCCAUCGCUUCUUCUUCUCGCUCGCCUCACCUGCCACUAGCAACCACAACUUCACACUGCGGGACAACAAAGACAACACAGCGUCAGUGCUGACCAGCCGAGAUGGGUUCCAGCGGAGGGAACAAGCACUGUACCAGCUGCCUGUACUCAUCACAGACAGUGGCAGUCCGACCUUGAGUAGCACCAACACGUUGUUGGUGCGGGUGUGUGACUGUGAUGUGGAGGGCGUUCCGCAGGCCUGUGGGGCUGUGGCCCACACACUCCCUGCCGGCCUUAGCACCGGAGCCCUGGUCGCCAUUCUCGCCUGCAUCUUUACAUUGCUGGUUUUUGUCCUGCUGAUUGUGAUGAUGCGUCACCGACGAAAGGAGCCCCUGAUCUUGGAGGAUGAGCGAGACGUCCGAGAAAACAUUGUCCGCUAUGAUGAUGAGGGAGGCGGUGAGGAGGACACUGAGGCCUUCGACAUGGUUGCUUUGCGCAACCUCAACAUUAUGCGUGACCCCAAGGUUCGACGGGACGUCACUCCCGAGACACCAACAUUCUUCUCCUACCCACCAUCCACAGCCUCUAGGUUGGCGUAUAAGAUGCUUCCCGACAAUGUGCUAUUUCGGGAGUUCAUCUGGGACCGGCUGAAGGAGGCUGAUGCAGACCCUUCUGCACCUCCAUACGACUCACUCCAAACCUACGCAUUUGAAGGCAGUGGCUCAGUGGCAGAGUCGCUCAGCUCACUCGAGUCCCUCAGUUCAGACUCAGAACAGAGCUAUGACUACCUCAGUAACUGGGGGCCUCGCUUCAAAAAACUGGCUGACCUCUAUGGAACCAUGGAAGGAAGUGGCUUUUUCUCAUAGCUUCUUUCGACCUGCCGAGCAUGCAAAAAUAUGGCUGAAAUUAAACGACAGAAGGUUAAGGCAUGGGACCUGCAGUUAUUCUUGCGAGUCAUUUGAUAGCUUUAACAGGCUAACAAAUGAGUCACAAGCAACAGGAGAACAUUUUGAGAUGAAUGGGGCAAGGUCUGUGGAUUUAGAUUAUAUACAUGCAUAAAACAAGUUGGAAAAAUACAUUUGAAAUGUAAGAGUUCGUUUGUUUACAUGUUUAGGGCUAAACAGGCUCUGGUGGUUCUAAUGCUGCGAUCUGCCAAAUGCUGCGAUCGGCAGAGAAAUGUUUUGGGGUAAUGACAUUAAAUGGUUUGACACCAGGUUUUUGACGAACAACAGGAUUUCUCUGUGUAUUAUGGCAUGGACAUGAUCUUUUCCUCUUGCCACAUGAAUUUUUUAGCUGAUACUUUAUGAACUUAUGAGGGACAUUUUCCCUCCCAAAAUGCGUUGUCUUUGAACUGAACUACUUAUGCGUGAGCUUCGUCAAGAACAUAGGUGUUUGAUUUUUGAUUUCUCAUUCUUAUGGAAAUGUGAAUGUGUGGAAAAACCCAGAAACCUGAAUGUGCAAAAAUCCUUCAUUCAGGAAGGACAAUGACCUUACUUUCAGUUUUCGUUUAUCUUUUUCCAAAGCUUUUUGGCAUAUUGUGAAUAAGCAGAUGAUUUCAUGCUGAUAGGUCUACAAUAGAACUGAUCUGGUGCCUGGUGAGGUGGUUUGUUGUUCUAUAAAUGUGACAAUGUGGUUGUUAACUUGCAGUUUUGUUUAUCUGUUCUAAAUGUCAUCAGUUUUAUUGUCAUAAGUUGUAAUGCAGUGAACCCAAUGGAUAAGAUAGCUGGGUAUGUUAACUCGAAUGGGUAUGAUUCACAACGUUUUUUUCCUUUUAUGUUUAUGAAAUAAGUACACCUCGCUUACUCUUUAAAAGAGAUCAUUUGAGGUAUUUUAUUAUGCUUAUUAAAAUACAACAAAAACAUAUUUCAGCCAUCUUAGAAAUAAAUUUUGAGUCCAGUCCAAAACGUGGAAAAUUAACUGAAAAAUUUGGAAUGUUCUAGUUCUUGAGGGUAAAUCUUAAAGGGGAUCUACCUCUUUCAGCUACAACAAAAUGAAGGACAACCAUUGCAGAAUGCUGAUCAUUGAUGAGAAGGAAAGUAACAAUGCAAAAAUCCUGCAAGAACAAAGAGUCCUCAAGUGAGAAAAAUAAAUACAUUUUUAGCUUUUGCUACUGAACUUAACAUGUUAAUCAAGUCUUUCUUUAAUUUAUUUUGAUGAUACAAGACAAAAAAUGUGACAAAUGUUCAUAUCCUUUUUUUGCCAACA